AUGGCGCUGAACAUAAAAGCCACAACGUAUGGGGGCUUGGCAGUCACAGGGAAGAGGGGUGCCAGGAUCACAUUUAAGCCGGGUAAGCAUGGGGCGAAGAAGGAGGAGCCGUCAAUGGCGGGCCUUACGGGCGGGUCGGUGCAGAUGGGCGGGCAGACGUGGGGCGUGAAGAAGGGAGCAUCGACUGAACCCUCCGACGAGGAUCUUGAAGCUCUGGAUCUCGAAGCUCUGACAGGCAUGCGUGCAGCAUUGCUGGGCGCGCAGGGCCCUGGAUCCGCAGCGCCGUCUGUACACUCAGAGACACCUGCGCUCUUAAGCACUGGCUGA